GAGAGAGAGAGAGAGAGAGAGAUUUGAGAGAACCCAAGUGUUAGAGAGGAAUCAGCUUUAGAUACAAUGGAGGGUGUUGAAACCAAGCAAGCCAUGAAUGGUGGUGGUGUCCCCAAUGGGAUCCCCAACAACCUCAACAAAGAAGACGAUGCAGAUUUCGACCCAAGUGCUCCUCCUCCAUUCAAGAUAGCUGAGAUCCGAGCCGCCAUUCCCAAGCACUGUUGGGUCAAGAACCCAUGGAGAUCCUUGAGCUAUGUGUUGAGGGACUUGGUUGUCAUAUUUGCAUUGGCUGCUGCAGCCAUUUACUUCAACAAUUGGUAUGUCUGGCCACUCUACUGGGCUGCUCAGGGAACCAUGUUCUGGGCUCUCUUUGUUCUUGGGCAUGAUUGUGGCCAUGGAAGCUUUUCGGACAGUCGCUUGCUCAACAACGUUGUGGGGCAUUUCCUGCAUUCUGUAAUUCUUGUACCGUAUAAUGGAUGGAGAAUCAGCCAUAGAACUCACCAUCAGAACCAUGGUCAUGUGGAGAAUGAUGAGUCCUGGGUUCCUCUGACUGAGAAGGUCUAUACAAGUUUGGAUGAAAAUACAAGGAAGUUUAGAUUCAGAGUGCCUUACCCCAUUUUCGCAUACCCCUUCUAUCUGUGGACAAGAAGUCCAGGAAAGCAAGGUUCACAUUUCAACCCUUACAGUGACUUGUUUGCUCCAAAUGAAAGAAACGAUAUCAUAACAUCAACUGUUUGUUGGACUGUGAUGCUUGCCUUCCUUGUCUGUAUGUCCGUUAUAGUAGGACCUGUCCAAGUCUUGAAGAUCUAUGGUGUCCCUUACUGGAUUUUUGUAAUGUGGUUGGAUAUGGUAACAUAUUUGCAUCACCAUGGUUAUGAUGAACACAAACUUCCUUGGUACCGCGGCAAGGAAUGGAGUUAUCUAAGAGGUGGUCUUACAACCGUUGAUCGUGACUAUGGCUUGAUCAACAACAUCCACCAUGACAUUGGCACCCAUGUCAUCCAUCAUCUCUUCCCCCAGAUUCCUCACUAUCAUUUAGUUGAAGCAACCAGGUCAGCCAAACAUGUUCUGGGGAAGUAUUACCGGGAGCCAAAAAAAUCCGGUCUAUUUCCAUAUCACUUGAUCAACAAUCUUGUGGCAAGUAUGAGCAAUGAUCACUAUGUCAGUGACACUGGAGACAUAGUAUUCUACCAGACUGACCCCAAGCUUUACAAAAGCCUAAAGAACAAGUUGAUCUGAGUGUCAUGUUAGCUUAAUUGAAACAGCAGAUAUGAGUUGUUUUCUGUACCGCAUAAUCUGCUGUUCCAAAAACCUUGAGAAGGAAAUAUGUAUUUGAUCAUUUGUUAGUUUUCUACAAAAUAAACGGUGUUUUGGGGACUUGUUCAACUUCUUUUUGGUUAAUUUAGACAGCUACAGAGUUAUGUUUUGCA